AUGAAGAAGUAUCAAGAACCAACAGCUAAGUCUAUCGACAUCGAAGCUUCAGUGUUAUUAUCCUUAAUCAGAAACACUUCAGAAAACUACCCAGCUAUCUUCUCCGGAGCUUUAUUUGGUUUCGAAGAUGAUAACGGAUCAGUAGAUAUUUCUCAUGUUUGUCCUUAUCCAUACCCUGAUCAAUAUGAAGGAGGUUCAUUAAAAUCCCGUAGUGGUUUAAAAUUUCAGAAUGAAUUUGCUGAUUCUUUAAAAUCUUUAGGUUACGGUGUUGAAUUUCAAGGUUGGUUCCAAUCAACCAUUUCAGGUAACUAUAUAACCAAUCAUCUUGUUGAAUCUUUGAUCCAACAACAAUUCAUUAAUAAGAAUUCUUUCAUUUUAAUUCAUAAUAUGGCAUCCAUUGGUAAAGAAGUUGAUUUAAAAGCUAUCAGAUUAACAGAAAAUUUCAUCAAAACUUACAUCGAUAAUAAAUGGAAAUCAAAAGAUUUAGAAUUGAACAAAUUAUCCUUCUUAAAUAUCUUUGAAGAGAUCCCUAUCAACAUCAAUAACCAAUAUUUAAUCGAUUUAUACCUUUCAGAAAAUUUACCUCAAUUAAAUCAAUCAAAAUUAAAUGAAUUCGAUAACUUGAAUUUAUUAUCCAAUCAAAAUGUCACUUCAAAAUUAUUAGAAAGUUUAAGUAUUCAAGUAGAUAAUUAUAAUUUUGAUCAAAAUAAUUUCAAUUAUUAUCAAAGACAAUAUCUGAAAGAAAAUACAAAGAUAAAUCAAUGGAAGAAUAAUCGGAAAUUAGAAAAUUUAGAAAGAUCUAAAAGAGGUGAAAGUGAAUUAGAUGUUAAUGAAUGGCAAAGUUUAUAUAAAUUACCAGUUGAACCUUCAAGAUAUAAUAAUAUGUUAUAUUCUAAUGCCAUUGAUAAUUUGGCUGAUGAUUUAUUAAAGAAAUGUGAUGAAGAAUUAAUUAAGAGUUUUGCUGUUGAAGGUAAAGUAACUGAAUAG